AAAUAUGUUAUUAAGACCGAAAUAUGUACACUGACGCUUGAAAAAAACGUUUCUAAACCUCCCAGGCACUAAUAUCGAGACUCCUUUCUUAGACAUGUGUUCCGACGCCGGUGAAGCUUCUGCUCACCGGCAUCGGGAGAUUCCGACCAUGCUCUCUCAGUCGAUCAAUGGCUAAAUCGUCAAAUAAAAAUAAAGGAGACAAAUGGUGUCCGGCGUUGCCCAUGCCACAUCUUUGCGGAAGUCAGUCCUGAUUGAGUUAAUAUUUCACCAAACGGAGAUCUUACUUAUCCACGAAGAAUUAUCCCAUCGAGUCUCGACUGAUGGAGAUCCUCUUCCUUGGGAUACGACCUCUCCAACCGAAUCGGCUGAUUUUCUCUGGUUCUCCUCCUCUGCUCCACGAUUAGGCCAAAACCACCAAUCAUUACUUUCACCCUCAUCGGAGAUAUAUGCAUCAAUGACAAACUUUACUUCGUCUCCGAUCAGCGGCCGCCGCUCUGUAAAGUGUCCUCUGCCAGUGAUAAGGAAACUAGGGUUCUCACUGGUGGACCUCUCAAACCUCGGCCCAUUAAAGUGUCAAAAGCCCAACAUGGGAAAAUCUGACUCAUCUUCCGUUUUGCAAAAGCCCAGGUUUAACCGUAACUUCUCUUUACUCAUCUUUCCUCAUCUCUUGAGAUUUGCUCUGGCACACCCAGAAAUGAGUGAUAAAACGUGCUGUAAGGCUAUAGAGUUGUUUUGGCUGCAUGUAAACCCUGUUAGAAUCCUGGUAUUAGAUUCACCUAGGCUUUGCAAGCAUGAUGUUAGAAGGCUGAUUUGGACCGGUAUUAUGAUCUCACCUCCAUGGAGAUGGGGUUACCGGAAUCCUUUCAAACCUCUUACUCUAUCCCAAUUAAGUCCUGAGCUAAACCGUUUACUACCUUGCUUCAGAAGGGCCACUUACUUUGAAAGUAAAAGUCUGAAGAAGAUCGGCAUUAUGAUUUCCUCUCCAAAGAGAGGAAGUUACCGAAGCUUCCUCAAGACUUUCUAUCCAUAUCCCCUGGUUAUCGAUUCUUCCCUUGUACAAUUUAUCAGUUUCAGGGAUAUUGGCUUCAUCCCCCAAAAAUUGCAGAGUAUUGGCAUUAUGACCACUGCUCCAAGGAGUGGUGGUUACCAACAACUCUUCAAACAAACCUGUUCAGAUCAUAGAACCUCCAACAACCCCUUCUCUGCCGCUGUACAGACCAGUCCAUCUAAUCUCAUGCCAGCGAGACGCUUGGCCUUGGAAACUUCGUUAACGUCACUCAGUCUGAUGAUAGUGACCAUGAACUCGUCCAACGGCCUGUCCGUGGAUGACCUGUCGAUGAACCGUGUGAUCACUUGCACCACUUUGCUUCUUAGCUUUGGUACCCAAGCUCCCAUGGAAUCUUUCUCGACUUAUUUGAACUACCUUUGUGUAGUGUCUCCCUUUUCCUUUAUGUUGUUGUGCUUUGUGUUAAGCUUCUCUACCUAUGCACCUAUGGCUUGUAUGAACUCUGUUAUGUUUGAUUGAAUGAAAGCAACCUUGUGUGACAAAAAAAAAAAAAAAGAGAAAAAGACCGUGUACACACAUAUAUAUAUAGAAACAAAAUCCCAAGUCUAAAACCAUAUAUGAUAUCCAUCAUAUAAACUUAAGAUGAAUUCGGAAUUCGGAUGACUGUUUUUAGAAAACAUUUUGCAUAAUAAAAGUUGAGUUUGUUG